CACUGAGAUACCUCUGCUCCGUCAUUUAGUCGUAAAUGACAUGUCGCCAGAAAGUGGGCAGAUACCUGCUCUCAACAACUGCUCAUCAUAGCAUUCGCACGUCCGCGCCAUCCGUCCACGUUUACCAGCGGUGGUUCCCUCUUUGCACCGCCGCGCCGCACCAUGCCUUCACAACCUUGACCCCCCGAAACGUCGACUGGCGUACUGGCCGGUUGAAUGUCGAGCCGUGUGACACAAUCUAUGCUCUAUCCACUGCUCAUGGACGUGCUGCCGUUGCCGUGAUUCGAAUUUCUGGCCCAGCAUGCCUCCACGUUUACGGUCAAUUAUGCCCCGGAAAGACGGCCCUAUCCCCACGAAGAGCUACCUUGCGAAGACUCCAUUCUCCUGAUCCAGACGGCGCAUUAUCUUUGAAAGAUCGAAUCCUUGACCAUGGGGCCCUUGUCCUGUACUUUCCUGCCCCAAACACGGUCACCGGCGAGGAUAUCCUGGAGCUUCAUCUGCACGGUGGGCCGGCGAUCGUACGAUCUACUCUCAGAGCAAUAUCACAAUGUGGUCAAUCAAGAGACAUGGAUGGGUCAAGAACCAAGCUCCGCCACGCCGAGCCCGGCGAAUUCACAAAAAGAGCAUUCUACAAUGGCCGUCUGGACCUCACCCAAGCCGAAGCUUUGGGCGAGACUCUGGCUGCAGAGACGGAACAACAGCGUCGGCUGGCCGUUAGUGGUGCCCAAAGCGGGCUUGCGAAGAGGUAUGAUGACUGGCGCCACCAACUGCUAUACGCUCGUGGCGAGCUGGAAGCUUUGAUCGAUUUUUCCGAGGAUCAGCAUUUCGACGAGUCUCCAGCAGAAUUUAUGAGGUCUGUAACAGAGCAAGUCCGGACUCUCAAGAGUCAGAUAGAUCUACACCUCAGGAAUGCGUCAAAAGGUGAGUUGCUGCGGAACGGCAUCAGCAUUGCUCUUCUUGGGGCCCCCAAUGCUGGUAAGAGCUCGCUUCUCAAUCGAAUCGUUGGGCGCGAGGCGGCCAUUGUCAGUGCAGAAGAAGGAACCACUCGCGAUAUUGUCGAUGUGACAGUUGAUAUCGCAGGAUGGCUGUGCAGGCUGGGCGAUAUGGCCGGCUUACGGGGUCAUGGGGUUGAUGUUCCAUAUGAAAACCAAUUGCCGAUUGGCCAUGUUGAGCAAGAGGGCAUUCGCCGCGCCCGCGAGCGGGCACUACAGUCCGAUGUGGUCGUAGUGCUGCUCUCACUCGAACGUACAAAAGAUGAUGGCCUUUUCAUUCCGGUUAAUGGCCAGGUUCUCGAAGCAUUUGAGGAGUGCCACGCCGCGGGCAAGACAAUUCUUAUUGCGCUCAACAAGACCGACCUUGCCCAGGAUGACAAGUCAGAACUUGAAUGUCUCCAGAGCAAGAUUAGAAAGACCUUCCCCAAUAUCCCUUCGACCAAGAUCUCGUUGGUCUCCUGCCGAAAUGCAGCAAUGGAAAACAGUGCGACAGGAAAUGGCGAUCCAGGAGGGAUCCAAGCCUUUCUUUCGUCGUUGACCGGCACAUUCACCGACUUGACCACUGCAAGCUCUGGCAGCGACGCCAGUACCAAGGCCAUGACUCCUGCCGAAGCUCAAUCCUACUGGACAGCAUCGCUCUCGGUCACACAUCGACAAAGUAUUUAUCUCGAAGAAUGCCGUGGCUACCUCGACGAGUUCCUCGCCCAAUCUGAAGGAGACCUCGACAAUGAUGACGGUGAUUGGCGGCCGAAUACAGAGGCUUCGGUGGAAAACGUUGACUCCCAUGACGGUCGUUUGACACGUCGGAAUAAGGACACCUCUCUCACUAUUACUCCCGGAUCGGGCAGCGUUGAUAUUGUUACUGCUGCCGAACAUCUACGUUUCGCCGCGCAAUGUCUCGCUAGGAUCACUGGGCGUGGCGAAGGCGGCGACGUCGAAGACGUUCUUGGUGUUGUAUUUGAAAAAUUCUGCGUGGGGAAAUGAAAGCAGGUUGUCGAGCGGCGGGCUUCAAGUCAAAAUUGGUUGUUUGUCCUGCAAUGUCGAACGAAUGAACUUGGGUCGAAAGGGAAUCUUGAGCAUCGAUGGGGUGAGGAUAUUCGCGGAUGAAGUCAAGGGUUGCCGUAAGAGAAGCGCAACGAACGCGGGGGGAUCAGUUGUAACCACCGCGGCCAAGAGCAGCCUGCUGCUGUUGUUGUCUGUUGUAACCUCCACGGCCUUGAACAAUGGGGGUGCGGUUGUAUCCUCCACGACCUUGCUUGUUGUAACCGCCUCGGCCCUUCUGAGGAGCAGAAUCUGCAGGGGUAUUGUAACCACCUCGACCCAUGGCCAUUUCGAUAAUGGAUUGGAAGUAUAGGGCGAUGGAAAGAAUGAUGGCGGUCGCGUUGGGUUGGUUGGAUGGAACGAUCCGGGCUUGAAUGACCAAGACAAAAAAGGAAAGAGAGAUGUUGACAAAAGGAAAUAAGACAAAGGAAAUAGAGAUAGGAAAUGGGCUGAGUGGUGUCGAAGUGGGCGACACCGGGCGACACUCUGGGUGCCUGGGUGGGAAAUGAGAGAGACAGAUAUAAAGAAAUGUAUUCUAUACCUUGAGUCGUGUUUGCCUGGAAGCUUUGAAAAUUGUUGAGACUGAUGUUGUUGAUUGCCGUAUAGAAGGAAUUGAUUUAAAUGAAAUAGACUGGUGAUGCUGACG